UUUUGUCCUGUUCAGGUUAAUUCAUCGUAUGUAUAUUUCCUGCCAAGAGACCUCUCCCCAGGUGGAAACAGCUCCCAAUCUGCGACGGCUGAGAGGACAUGAAUCGGCUGUUUGUAGAUCCACGUCUCGCUCUGUUGCCUGUUCCCAAGUAGACCACGUCUGAUCGAGCUAUGAUGAGGUGGUGACCCUGGGUCGGCCAGGCCGUGAGAUGAUUGCAGCUUGGCACAGAGGAAAGACGGAGCAGAGUGAUUGAGAAAGAAGAAUGGGCAGGAGCGUCUGGGGCUGCUGGCAAGGCGUCGUCUCCACCGCAGUGCUCUACGGCUCUCUGGCCUUGUUUACCUCCAUCCUCCACAAUGUGUUCCUCCUUUACUACGUGGAGACGUUUGUGUCCAUCUACAAGAUCGAUAAAGUCUCCUUCUGGGUGGGAGAGACCGUGUUCCUUAUAUGGAACAGUCUAAAUGACCCUCUCUUCGGCUGGCUGAGUGAUCGCUCCUUCCUCAGCUCUCCUCAGUCAGGCUCUCCGAUCACAACUCCAGAGGUGGUGCUGAAGCGCUUGAAGGCCCUCUCCACAAAUGGCCCUCUCUUCGCUCUGUCCUUCCUGGCCUUCUGGGUGGCCUGGGCCAGACCAGGACUGCAGUUCUUGCUGUGCCUGUGUCUGUAUGAUGGUUUCCUCACUAUGGUGGACCUCCACCACAGCGCCCUGCUGGCUGACCUCGCCGUGUCCGCCGCCGAUCGCACGCGCCUCAACUUCCACUGCUCUGUGUUCAGCGCUCUGGGCUCAUUCUCCGUGUUCCUGUCGUACUCCUUCUGGGACAAGGAGGACUUCUACUCGUUCCGUCUCUUCUGUAUGACUCUGGCAGCUUUUUCCAUCUUGGGCUUCUUUUUAGUGUCUCGGUUGCUACGGGAUCGUUUCCAAAAGGAACUCCUUCUAAGACAGGAUGAGGCACAGACACUCAAAGAGCUGAGCGUUGGCCAUGCUCCACUUACCCACCCGGAAAAACCUGUCACCAUUAAACAGUACCUCAAGCAGCUCUCCAAACACAGGAACUUCAUGUGGUUUGUGUCAAUGAACCUUGUCCAGGUAUUUCACUGCCAUUUCAACAGCAACUUCUUCCCUCUUUUCCUGGAACAUCUCCUGUCUGACAAUAUUUCAGCCUCUACGGGUUCAAUCUUACUUGGCAUCUCUUAUAUUGCCCCCCACCUGAACAACUUGUAUUUCCUGACACUGUGCCAGCGUUAUGGGGUUUACCAGGUUAUCCGCUGGCUAUUUAUGCUCAAACUGGGACUUAGUGUGGCUAUGCUGCUGGCAGGGGCUGACCACAUUUAUCUGCUGUGCAUCUUCAUUGCUAGUAACCGGGUGUUUACAGAGGGGACGUGCAAGCUGCUGAAACUGGUUGUUUCCGAUCUGGUGGACGAGGACUUUGUGGUCAAUCGGCGUCAGCAGGCCGCCUCUGCGCUCCUCUUCGGGAUGGUUGCCUUGUUGACCAAACCUGGCCAGACAUUCGCCCCUCUCAUUGGCACCUGGCUGCUGUGUGUUUACACAGGUUAUGAUAUUUUUGAAAGGGAACCUGUAAAGGACUCUCUGGUUUCUGUGCCUGAUGUUGCCGCUGGCUCAGGAACUCCGCCUCUGCGCCUGGGCUGCUUCUACAUGUUGGUGUUUGUGCCUAUCACCUGUGCCCUGUUCCAGCUGGCGGCCUGGUCUCGCUUCACGCUUCACGGCCGCAAGCUGCAAGGGAUCAAGACCCUGAGGCAAGGGGCCCAGCAUGGCAACCUUAUUGAUGUCAAGGCCAUAUGAACUGAAUAGAGCUGCCCGAGGCUGCACACAGACACUUUUUAACUUGUCAGGUGUACAAUCCCCUUUGAGGAGGAGAUGAAGGCUGCUCUGAUGUCUUCACUCUGCAGCCCAGCCUGGUUUGCUAGAAUAUGAACCACUAACACGACAUGUGGCUUCGUGGACGGUGAAAAAAAAAUGCACAGCAGGCUGACAAAUCCUACUGGGAAGAUGGAACAACAUUUAAAAAAAAAAAAACAGAAACCUGCCUUAUUUUUUAUAUUUAAAUAUUGACCUAUAUUUAUAUUUUAACAGAUGACCAAAAGAUAAAGUAGAACCAAUCAAUCCUUUUGGAUGUAGACGGACCAAGGUGACUAUUUGUUGUGCAGCACCAAAGGGGGUGGGGUGCCCUCUUCAAAACUGUUUGUAAAGCAUAAUUCUGGUCAAGAACACAGUCUGAAUGCCCUCGCUGCUCUGUGAUUUAUUAGUAACAUCAGCCUGAUUCAAACACCAGAGGAGAGGAGGUUAACCACAGAGCUCCAGUUGUAAUUUCUGACGUUAUUAACAAGAUGAAGCAAAUGACAUAAAACUGCAUUAAUGUGUUCAGAGUGCUAUUCAUACUGCAUGGAACCUGCACUUCAGAGCUGAUUAACUAUUUUACUGUUUCUUUACAUUUACACAGAAGGCCCUGCCAGUUUGAUGUCGAGAUGUAUUUUCUGAAGUAUUGAUGAUGUUUUUGCACAAAACUGCCAUUUGUCUGUUGUACUUCUAACUUUCUGAUUGUGACAUACAUUAUGUACUGUGGUAAAGAAAAUUGGAAUUAGGAAAUUCUGAUGGUAACCAUAUUGCCAUAUCACUUUUGUAAUUUUUCAGAUUAUACAAAGAAUGUGCGGCAUUACCAUGAAUAAACCUCAUUUAUGUUUGAAGUUAA